AGGAUUGUGGGUAAAAAGGAGGACAUUUUUACCAUGGCGACGGGGACGCCGCUUGUUCUUGACAGGCAGAUGUUUUGUUUUACAUUGUUUUAUGUGAUUCAUACGCACCUUUUCCAUUGCCAGCAGUUUCUUAUCCCCUUUAAAGAUCCUUCCGGAUGUGGUGUGAACGAAUUUUUCGACAUCUCGAGUUUGUCGUGUGCCAAAUGCGGCGCAAAUCAACGCAAGAGUUCUUCAGGUCUGAGCUGCAUUUGUCAAACGGGUUACAAGACCAAACAUUUUAGCAGCAACAAAGUCCCGUUUACAUGUGAACAGUGUCCCCCAGACAAGCCUGCAGUAACGAAAGACGGCUUUGGUUGUAUUCGCUGCCCCGGCAGACUUGAUGAUAAUGGCAACUGCCAGUGCCCAUCUGGAAAUAUCCUAGUUGAAAGAGACAUUAAUGGCACAUUUUUUGAUGAGGCCAGUUGUGAAGCAUGCAUUGGAGACAGCCCUGCCUUCACUGCACCAAACAGUAAUGGGGACAGAUGUGAGCGAUGCCAGGCUACCUUCUCUAAUACCUUCUGUACGUGUCAAUCCCCAAAUGUCCAGGCUGGAGGUUUAUGUUUUCCUCCAGGCAGCUUCUCCACUAAUGUGAAUCCAAGUGUCAGCUAUGCUCAGUUGGCGUUUAGCAUCCAGUCUGCCUGGUUUGUGGAAAACCUCUAUUCUUCUGCAGCAGCUUGCCUUGUCUUCAGCAACUUGACAGCGUGUCAGGCUCUCGGAAACAUGUGUGUUAUGAACAUGCACUCCUUCACUGGACUUUCCACAGAUGCUUGUGGUCUCUUUAACACCAUCUCUAGGUCAAAGGCUGCUCUGAGCUCUGUUCAAGACAUUUCUUACUGGAGGGCCAACCUGCCUUGGCUUUACUAUGGAGAUGAGCCGGGCCUGGCGGGCCAAGUGCUCCAAAAUAAACCUGUUCCCUUGUCUUUCAGUUUCAGAGGAACAAAAAAGAACACUGACAUCCAGCUGCUUGCUGCUGUCUACAAUGUCAGAGGAGACUUUCUCAGAUGGGAUCCCAUUGGAGGAAACAACCUGCAGCUUUGUCCAGAACAAGCCUUCAAGCAGGCAGCAGCCUUCAGCUUUGGGACCACUUAUCAGGAAACUUGCGAGCUUUCAGUAGCAGAACUUCUCACUACACAUCCCGAGCCGUUAUUCUACGAUGUGUUCAUGGACCUGGGCGGAGGAGACAACAGAAAACUUCUUCCUCUGCCAACUCUAGUUCAGAAUCAGCAGUAUAAUGGGCAGUUCAUCAAUCAAGGGAGCAUGCAGAACUGGUAUCUGUCUCGACGCAUCUUUCUUGUUGAUACAUUAAGUGGGAGAGAGAAAACUCUAAGCUCUUUGCCUAAAGUCAUCCGGGUGGCCACUAGUAUCAAGAUUAGGUUCCAGCUGGUUCCGCGUACUCAGGAGGGACAGAUCUAUCCCCCUCUGGUGUCUGUGAGCUACACAGAUGUUCUUAUCAAGGAGGCCAACAGCCAGACUCUACCUGUGACAUUUUCUGUGGAGUAUGAAAUGGAUCAGAGCGAGGCCCGCACAAAGACAGAUACUGCUCUGGGCGUUCUGGGAGGCCUGGCGGCGCUCUAUUCCAUUCUAAAGACAGUUAGCUGGAAGCGGAGGAUUGCCUCUCCCCUAAUUGACAUGGAGACAAUGCUAAAGUUUCUGUUGUUUUAUGCUGGAGAUUUGGCUAAUGUUUUCUUUGCCGUAACUGUGGGAACUGGGCUUUACUGGCUCAUAUUUUACAAGUCUUUAAAGGCCCAACAGUUUGUGUCGGUGCUUUUGCCACUGCCUGCUCAGGAGGAGCAGUUUGAGACAUACAUCGGAUGCGCCUUUGCUCUCAAGGCUGUCCAGUUUCUCAAUAAACUGAUUCUGCAAGUCACCGUUGAUGUAUUUCUCAUUGACUGGGAGAGGCCACGAAGUAAAGCUAGCAGAACAGUGCCAGCUACUAAGGAAACAAAACAGGAACCCUCUCCAGUCAGCAUCUGGAGGACUUACUUUGUGGCCAAUGAGUGGAAUGAGCUCCAGACCGUCCGAAAGAUCAGCCCAACGUUUCAAAUAAUGGCCGUGCUUUUCUUUCUUGAGGUGCUGGGCUUCUCCAAUCUGGCCCUGAGAGACCCCUGGUCAACAUUAGAGCGUUCCCCAGCAGCCUACACCCCUCCUUACAGUCUGAUUCUUCGCUAUGGUCUCGCUGCCACACUUUGGAUAUGUAUUGGGCUAUUGCAGGUGAUUUUCUUCACCGUCUUUUAUGAGCACUUCGUGGAGGAUAAAAUCCGUCAGUUUGUGGAUCUCUGCUCCGUCAGCAACAUUUCAGUGCUGCUUUUCUCUCAUCGCUGUUUUGGCUACUACAUUCAUGGCCGGUCAGUGCACGGGCAUGCAGACACAAACAUGGAGGAAAUGAACAACAAUCUGAAGAGAGAGCGUGAAUCUCUGUGUGGCCAGAGAGGUCUCCUUUCCAACACAGACAUUCAGACCUUUCAGGUCUCGUUUACAAACCGUUUGAGGCUGCAGUAUGACAGGAUACAGGAUUCACUCAGCAGGAGGAACAGACCAUCUCGGUUGAUAGAUGCGUCUGCAGCUAACUUGUCAGAGCUACAGUUCAAAGCCUACAACACCAUGAACCACUUCCUGGCAUCUGUUAUAGACCAUGCGCACCCUGAGAUGGACUACAUAGUCAAGGAUAAACUGACGUUGGAGAGAGUCAUAGGGAUGGAGUUUCUUGAACCCAUUGACAAAAGCAUAUUUUACAAUGAUGAAAGACACUCGUUCAGUGACGUGCUUUUUUAUGGAAACGAGGCCACACUGCUGAUCUUUGACACUUUGUUCUUCUGUGUUGUCGACCUGGGAUCCCAAAACUUUGUUCUAGCAGCUGUUCUUACUUACUUACAGCAAGCGAUGUUUCGCUUCAUCCGAAACACACUUGGAAGGAGGAACCUUGUCAAUAAAACACUGGUGGAUCAGAGAUUUUUGAUAUAAAAAUGUUGUUGAAGGUCCUUAAUUUUUUUUAAAGUUGAUCAUUUUCAGUUUCGCCUUUUCAAAAUCAUUUGUACAAUGCUUUUUACUGCUGGUUUAUAAUGUUGUAUUUUUUUUGACAUAUUUCUACACUUUUUUUUAAUUAAAAGGUUUUCAUAUGAAGGCAAA